AUGUCGAUCUCGGUCCUCCCCUUGCCUUAUGGAUCCACGGCUACUGGAGGUAAACGCUUUAUUCCCAUCACUGGUGGACGAGUCACUGGCCCUAAACUCGAGGGCACAAUUGUUGCCAACACGGGAGGAAACUGGAACUGUGUGCACGUAGACGAGGUAGUGCAUUUGUACGCGCGCUACACCAUUCAAGCCAGCGGGCGGUGGCACCCUUAUCGGCAUUUGCAACAAAGACUAUGGCCGAGCCAGGCAAGAAACUAUGAAAGCCGUCUUCGAGGAUCCGGAUCCGACCAAGGUGUCCAUGACCAACGGCGGCGCUGA